UUCACGCAUGCUUAUAAGAAUUUUUCUGUCUCGCAUAACUCGUGCGUAUCAUUAAGGAAUUGGUUGUAUCAUUUAAGUAUUAAGAAAAAAUAAUAUUUGAAGUGUUAAAAUUGUUAUUAUUAUUUUUUAUGUGAAAUAAUAAUGGUCUCGUCACCUACAAAUGGAAAGAGUUUGAAGUCUUUCCAACCAAAAAAAGUACAAGACUACACAUAUAAUAAUGAAUCGUUAAGUGAUGAUAAAAUUUCUUCAGUAGUAGGAAAAAAAAAGAAGAAAACAAUUAGAGCACAGAAUGCUCCUGCUAAUAGGAAAGUUAAUGAAAAAUUAUCAAUUAAUGACAAGAUUUCUCCAAUAGUGGAAAAGGAGGAAUCAAAAGAAAGAACAGCAAUUGCAAAAGUGUUAACACAGGAUGAUUCUGCUAGUAAGAAAGUUGAUAAAAAGUUAUCAAAUAAAAAUAAAAUUUUUAAUUUUGAAACUAAUCAAACAGACAUAGAUUUAAGAAAAGGGUACAACGAAAAUGAAGAAAUAAAUAAAAGUCCUGAUUUAAGUAAAACUCCAAGCAAAAAUAACACAUUAGGGAAUUUAGAAAACAUAGAUGAUAUUAAAACAGAAAAUAUACAUUUACUUGAGACUCCAAGAAAGAAUGAUGUAUCAAGAGAUUUAGAAAGCACAAACAUUAAAAUAGAAGAUGCAGAGACUCCAAUAAAAUCCAUUAUUAAUUUGGGUAUUAAUUCAGUGGAAUGGCAUGCACAAACUGAAAUAUCAACAUCUAAAAAAAAGAAGAGACAUCUGUAUGAUGAAAGUACACCCAAAAAAAAAAUAAAAAAGGAUCUUAGUAGUGAUAUUAAUGAUUAUGAUCAAUUAUCUGAUAUUCCAAAAAAAGAAUUAUGCGAUAACGAAUUAAAUGAUUUUGAACAUAUUGAAAUGUUACAUGAUCCUAAUUCUUUGAUAAACUUUGAAGAAAAUACAAUUUUUUGUUCAACAAAUGAAGUUGUGCCAAAUGAUGAGAAUAUAGAAAUAUCUAGAGACUCAAAAUCUGAUCCGCUUUACAUUAUUAACAAUGAUAAUACUAGUAUAGCUGAAAAUAUGGAAAAUGAAGGAAAAAAUGCGGGAAAUAAGAUUAAAAGAAAAAGAAAACAUAGAUCUAGUAAUACUGAUACAGAUUCUGAUGUAGAUUACGAUACUAUAAAACAUGUUUUAGGAGAACUGGAGCUUGAUAUAUCAUUAGAAGGUGAAGAAGAUGAAUUAACUGAAGAAGCAACAAAAAGAUUAUAUAAUUUGAAAGUAAAGUUAAUACAUAAAGUACCAAUACAACAUAAAAUUGAACAUACAACAGGUUCAAAAAUAUUAACAAAAAAAGAGAAAGAGCUAUUCUUAAAAUAUGCAUCACUAAAAAGUGGCGUAUUUACACCCAGUGAAGAUAAAAUUAUUAUGGACAAUUGGAAAAAAUUUUGUGAAGUUCACGAUUGGAAUUCUAAAUGUGUACAUCCAUUCAUUCAUAUGAAAUAUGCUGGUAAAUUUUAUAUAAGAAGUUUGGAAGAAAGACAAAAAUUCACUCAAUUUUUAGCAAAUGGAUUACCACGAAGGACACUGUAUAGUGUUUUAAAUAGAUUCAAGUACUUAUUUGGAGACCAUGAAAAAAGUUUUCAAAGGUACCAUAUUAAAAAUUCAAAUAUUAUUUAUAUAAUAUCAAUUAUUUAUGUAUUUUAUAGAUAUACAUCUGCAGAAGACAAGACAAUUUUAUCUUACAUAAACAAUAAACAAAAUAGGAAAAGAUCACGUAGAUUUUCAGAAUUAAGUAAAAUAUUAGGACGUACAAGUCAUUCAAUUUGGACACGUUAUCAACGGCUUAAACGGAUGCAUAAAAAUAAAGAACGAUUGCCCAAAAUUACAUGGUCAUUAUUUUUAAUUGAAAAAUUUAUAAAAACUUUUAUGAGUGUAACACUAUGUGAUACUAUACAAGAUUUAAAAGAUGCUAUUAUUCCAAAAGUGGUUUGGCAAAGAUUAGAAAAGAAAAUAGGUAUAAACUAUAAUAUAUUGAGGAAAUUCUGGAUAUAUAAGUUGCAUAUGCAAUUAUUUUGUCCAGAACGUAUUUAUUUAAAUGACAUAAAAAUAAAAUUAAUUGAGUACGUUUAUGUAAAAGGAAUUUCGAGUAAUCGAGAAAUAAUUUGGUCAAAAGUUGCAAAAUAUUUUGAUGGAAUUACUACUGCCUUUUUAUGUAGAACAUUUUCUAAUCUUGUUCAAGAAGCAAGUCAGAAAAUAAAUACGAAAAAAUUUCUUGAAAUCAUGGAGUAUUUAUACAAUGAAAAAAUACAAGCUAUAAAAGAUGACGUAACUGAUAAAUUUCUUCCUAGACUCUCUUACAAUAACGGAAAAGUUGAAAUUAUAACUGAAGACUUGAACGAAGACUUGAAUACCGAUAUAGAAUAUUAAGUAAAAUUCUGUAUUUUUAAUGUAAAAAAAUGUUUGUAAUAUACAUUAUUUUUUUAAAAAGA